AUCCGAAAUCAAUAUUAAGUUCUUUGCAAUUCGGGACGACAAAAAUGUCUUCUUGCCGUCAUUUCAAAUUUUAUGAUAUUCUUUCAGCAACACAGAACUUUGACGAAUCAUUAGUAGUCGGGCAUGGAGGUUUUGGGAAAGUUUACAAAGGAAACAUUAUUAUGGAUGAAUCAACUUCUGUUGUUGCAGCCAUCAAACGAUUAGAUACUAUCUCAAAUCAAGGAGAAGCCGAAUUUUGGGCAGAAGUUGAAAUACUUUCCAAGUUGCGUCAUUGUAAUCUUGUGUCUUUGAUCGGUUAUUGUAAUCAUGGAAAAGAAAAAAUUCUUGUCUAUGAAUACAUGCCCAACGGAACACUAGAAGAUCAUCUGCAUAAACUUGGUACCCCUCUUUCUUGGCUUCAACGACUAAAAAUCUGCAUAGGUGCCGGUCAUGGGCUACAUUACCUCCACACUGGUACUGGGAUUGAAUCAGGCGUCAUACAUCGAGAUGUCAAGAGUUCAAAUAUUUUGUUACAUGAGAGUUGGGCAGCCAAAAUUUCUGACUUUGGGUUGUCCAGAGUAGGCCCAACAAAUCAGCCAACAACUUACGUCAACACAAUUGUUAAAGGCACUUUUGGGUAUCUGGAUCCUGAUUACUAUGCAACUGGAAAGCUAACAAGGAAAUCCGACGUGUAUGCUUUUGGUGUGGUGAUGUUGGAAUUACUUUGUCGGAAGCGUGCACUUGACAGAAGUCUAGAUGAAGAGCAAUGGAAUUUAGCAAGAUGGGUACAAGAAUUUAUCAAAGAAGGAACUUUAAGUCAUAUAGUUGAUUCUGAUAUAAGGGGUGAAAUAUCACCAAAAUGUUUAAAGGAGUUUGUUCAAAUAGUAGAGAGAUGUUUGUAUACUGAUACUAAGCAACGUUUGACUAUGGCUCAGGUUUUGGUCGGUCUUGAGAAUAUACUAAUCUUACAAGAGAAGUACAAUAAUAAUUUAUUGCAACCAGGAGGCAGAAAGGCACUUGGUAGAAUCUUACAAGACAAAUACAAUAAUUCAUUGCAAUUCGCAGGCAGAAUACCACUUGGUAGAAUGUUACAAGAGAAAUACAAUAAUUCAUUGCAAUUCGCAGGCAGCACACUACUUGGUAGAAUGGUUAAUAUGCUUUCUAUCUCUUCCAAUGGGGAGCACUCAGGUGGUUCAAAGCUAUCAAGUGAUAACAAUAUUAGUGGGGAAAACUACAACAACACAUUAUUAGAGACAAUAAUACAUCCUGCUGGUUACAGAAUCUCAAGUUUACAUAUAUUUCAUAUUUAUGCUUUAGCAAAGUCUACUAAUGAUUUUUGUCGAGAUAAGAUCAUUGGUGAGGGAGAUCGUGGUACAACAUACUUAGGUUGGGUUGAUAAGGACACAUUCACCCCUUCAGAAUAUGGGGAUAGAGUUGCUAUUGCUGUGAAAAGGCUCCACAACGUUCAAAAACAUGCGGAGUGGGAGGAAGAGGUAAGCUUCUUAGGACAGUUGGAUCAUCCGAAUAUUGUAACUCUCUUGGGAUACUGCAAUGAUGAAUCCAAACAAUAUCUUGUUUAUGAGUACAUGUUCAAUAGAAGUUUGGAUCGCUUCAUUUUCACGGAUAUACCCAAUCAUAUUGCCAAACCACUUUCCUGGAGAACACGACUCAAUAUAAUGAUAGGAGUUGCCCGUGGACUGGUGUAUUUGCAUUCGUUAAACGCCAUCCAACGUCAUUUAAAGAGCUCUAAGAUACUUCUAGAUAAAGACUUCAAUGCAAAACUGGUGUGCUCCAGCCUUUACGCAGCUGAUUUUCAACCUACAUUACCAUGGAAUGAUCAUGCACAUCGUCUUAGUUAUGGUACUGUCCCACCCGAUGAUUCGCACCAAUACAAUUCCAUUAAUAACUCAGUUGGUUAUAUCGACCCAGCAAUUGAGGGGAGAGGUCCUUUGAGUGUGAAGAGUGACAUCUACAGUUUUGGGGUGGUAUUGCUGGAAGCUCUAUCUGGCCUACGAGUAAUUGAUGAAAAGCGUCCCACCAAGAAAAAAAAUUUAGUUGAAUGGGCACGUCCAAUUCUUGAAAAGAGAAAAAAGCUAAAGAAAAUAAUGGAUCAACGCCUUGAACAGAAUUACCCUAUAGAAGGUGCUUUUGAUUGUACUUCACUCGCAUUGAGAUGUCUUGCAAGUUCUUCUAAAGAUAGGCCUUCAAGCAAAGAAGUUUUGCAGAGUUUGGAACAAAUAUUAAGUAAUUCAAUGACAACUUAAGAGCGAGGAUUAUUAUCCUAUUUAAUUUGCUAUGGGCAAUCAAUUUGCAAUAAGUUGCUUAAAUGGUGCUCUUUCUCUCCUGUUCAGAACUUUGGCCGAUUACUUUCAUGAAAGAUUGUACCUUCUUCAACUUCAGGCAUCUAGUGGAGAUACAUUAUACAUGAAAUGCACUAUUAUCUUUUGUUUUUUGAAAUACUUAUUGAUGAGAUGGUAGACUAAGUGGUAUGAGGCAUUCCAUAGGUGAGGGGUCUUUGGCCACAUGGCUUCAUGUCACCAUAGUAGGCAUUCUCCAAAACUAGGGGUGUGAGGCAUCUUAAGUUAGUGGGGAUCUUUUGCCAUGUGUCAUCAUGUAAUAAUUAAGUAAUUAUUAUUAUUAUUAUUAUUAUUA